AUGGAAACUGAAACACAGGCCCUCUUAUCCUUCAAGCAAGGACUUCUCAAUCCAUAUCGUGUUCUCUCUUCUUGGAAUGCAGGAGCCAACGUUGAUUGUUGCGACUGGAGAGGUGUCCGAUGUAGCAACAAUACAAGCAGUAGUCCUCACAUCAUUGGGCUUGAUCUUCGUGGCUCGGGUGAUGAGCGUUUGAUCGGCGAGGUUGGUUCUUCCUUGGCUCAAUUGACACACCUUGACUAUUUAGAUCUUAGUUCUAACGAGUUUGAUCGAAUUUCCCUUCAAGAUAUUGGCUCUCUGAUCAAUUUGAAUUAUCUCAACCUGUCUCAUAACAACUUUGCAACUCCCAUUUCUCCCCAUCUUGGGAACCUUUCGAAUUUGUCGGUUCUUGACCUUGGAUCAAACGGCUGGGUAGUUGAUAAUCUUAGAUGGGUCUCACGUCUUUCGUCGUUAAAACAUCUCGACCUGAGUUCGGUAGACCUUCGUAGUAACAAUGAUUGGGCAGGUAUCAUGAACAAACUUCCUGUUUUACAACGUUUGUCUUUGAGCAAUUGCAGUCUUCCACAACCUGUUCUAAACCCUUAUGAAAACACCAAUUUCUCUAGAUUUCUAGCUAAAUUGGACCUCUCUCUCAAUCAUGAUCUCAAUUCCUCAAUCUAUUCUUGGCUGAACAACUUCAGAAACAGUCUUACCCAUUUAGAUCUUACAAGGAGUAAUCUGCAAGGUUUCAACAUGGACGGUUUCGAGAACAUGACUUCGCUUGUCUUCCUUAAUCUUCGUUCCACGAAAGUUGAUUUUCAUUCUCCUAAGUGGUUUAAGAAUCUCUGCAACUUGAAGUUGCUAGAUUUAUCUGGAAACAAUGGGGGAGGAUUGCUAUCAGAUGUUCUUAAACUCUUCCCACAAUGUGUACUCAACUCAUUGGAGACUUUAUAUCUCCCGUCAAACAAAUUGUUCGGAUCCUUGCCAGACUUCACUAUUUUUCCAUCUUUGAAAGAGUUAGAAUUAUCCUUCAACAUGUUGAAUGGACCUAUUCCUCAAAGUUUGGGACAGUUAUCUAGCUUGGAGCAUAUAGGUCUGAAUCAAAAUUUUCUGGUGGGUGAAGUUUCUGAAGCUCAUUUCUCCAAGCUUGUAAAUUUAAAAAGUCUGAAUCUAGAUGGAAACUCACUGGCUUUUAACUUCAAGGAGGACUGGGUUCCUCCUUUCCAGUUGCAGUCGAUAAGUUUGGUGAAUUGCUCGUUCAGCACACGUUUUCCAAGGUGGCUUCGAACUCAAAAUUUCUCUUACCUUGACAUUUCACUAAAUCGAAUUUCAGACACCAUUCCCGACUGGUUUUGGAAGAACUUGUCCCCAGACUUGUUGUAUCUUGAUAUUUCCCUGAAUGAAAUCAGGGGAGAAAUCCCAGAUUUAGACCUGAAGUUCAAUCAAAUGCCUGUGAUCAUUUUGGGAUCAAAUGAAUUUGAAGGCCAAGUUCCAGCCUUUCUUUUCGGAGCACAAAACCUUGACGUUUCGAGGAAUAAUUUUACCGAUAUCUCUGGUUUGUGUGAAGUCAGAUACUCCCCUUUAUAUUUACUGGAUGCUUGCGCCAACCUAUUAUCUGGACAACUUCCCAAUUGUUGGGACAAAAUGCCCAAUUUGGUAUCCUUAAGUUUGGCCUACAAUUCCUUUUCUGGAGACAUUCCAACUUCUUUGGGUAGUCUCACCACAUUGAAGUUCCUAAAUUUGCGCAUAAAUAAUUUUUCUGGAGAGAUUCCUUCUUGGUUCAACUAUACAGAGUUGAAAGUCUUCGAUGCGUCAUACAACAAUUUAUCUGGAACGAUACCUUCAUGGAUUGGGUCGAGAUUACCAAAUUUGGUUCGUCUGAGUUUGAGGUUUAAUCACUUCCAAGGAAACUUACCUUCUAGUCUUUGUAACCUCAGAAAUAUCGAAGUAUUGGACAUUUCGUUCAAUUCUAUUUCGGGAAGCAUACCAACUUGCCUCCAUAAUUUUGAUAUCUUGACAGGUACAUCCAAUGCAUCUAUGGUUCAAGACCAAUUGAGAGAUCUUAUUUUGAUGUGGAAAGGGCAAGAAAGGCUCGUCCAUGGACACAACUUAGAGAUUCAAAGGGGUAUUGACUUGUCUAGCAAUCACUUAACCGGAGAAAUUCCUAACGAAAUCACAAAGCUGGUUGGUUUGGUUUCUUUGAAUCUCUCGAGGAACGAAUUAACAGGACAGAUUCCAAAGGAGAUGGGACAACUUCAAUCGUUGGACUUUCUAGAUCUAUCGAGAAAUCGUUUGUACGGUCCGAUUCCAUCGAGUUUCUCUCAAAUAUGGAGAUUGAGUAUGUUGGACGUAUCAUACAAUAACCUUUCAGGAAGUAUUCCCCCGGGAACUCAGCUUCAAGGCUUUAACACUUCAUCUUAUGCAGGAAACCCUUAUCUUUGUGGAGAUCCACUAAAAAAAUGCGUUAGUGAACAAACCAGCUUCAACAGUAAUGUUCAUGUUGUGAAUGAGUACGAAAAGGAACACACACUCAUGACACAAGAGAUGCUGAUUAGCAUCUCUGUAGGAUUUAUAGUUGGUUUAUGGGGAAUAUUUGCUAGUCUUCUACUCAAUAGGAGAUGGAGACAUGCAUACUUCAAGUUUCUCACAAAUAUAAUUGAGAAACUGAAGUGA